GCGCAGCGGGAGGCGGAGGUGGCGGCACGCGGCCGGCCCUGGAGGGCGCGGCGAAGGCCUCGGGCGUGGAGGCGCUCGACCUCGGCGAUGAGGACCUGGGGGAGCUGCCCCACUCGCCGUCCAGCGGGGCGCACCCCGUCACGCCCGCCACGGGCUCGAUGAGCCUCCUGCCCGCCCCGGGUCGCCAGCUCCUGCCCAGCCACUCGAUGAUCUCGGGCACGUCGUGCCUCUCCGGCGAGCCUCCCCAAAACAUGGGCUUGGCGACGUACGCCCGCGUCAUGACGGACGCCUGCGUGGCCGCGGGCAUGCGCUCGCAGGUCUGCGUCGGCGGCACCACCGGCGGCACCAAGGAGGCUGAGCAGGUGGAGGAGGAGUUCGCCGAGAAGCUGUGGUCCUGCUUCAGCCUCGAGGGCGCGGGCCAAGAGACCACCUGGAGGCGCGUCCUCGCUGGCACCGGCGUGGCGCUCUCCUGCAGGAAGGGGCGGAAGCCGGGCACGCCGAACCAGGACAACGUGUUUGCCUGCCAGCGCGGCGACCUCACCAUCGCCGGGGUGGCAGAUGGCCACGGCUCG